AGGCAGUGGCAGUUACAUCCACAAGACGAGAGGGGAUAGACGUUUCUCAAUGGACUGCAUAUUUUGAACCAUAGCCUGUACAGGGACCUCAGUGUGGUAGAAACAUUUUUCACUCCGUCGUUGAUCGUGGAGCUGCGGGAAGGCAUAAUUGCGAACAAGGAAUAAACAUGGCCCCAAGUCUAUAUCUCCACGGGGCCUUCGCUUUGUUUUGUGUGAUUCUAACCUGCAAUGGAUUUAAUAUAGACUCACGGUUUCCAGUUAUCAAAGAAGGGAAAACCAAGGGCAGUUUCUUUGGAUUUGCUGUUGCCCUGCACAAACAGACGGAAGGGUCCACAAAAUACCUUCUCCUAUCAGGAGCACCCAAGGAGAAAGCACUGGCUCUGAGGAACGUCAAUGAGACGGGCGCCAUCUACUCCUGCCCCGUCACCACAGAGCUCAACGACUGUGAAAGGAUGGACUUGGUCAGCUCCACGGACUCGUCUGAGAUGGUGGAGGGGAUGUGGCUGGGAGUGACCGUGGCCAGCCAGAGAGACCUGCCAGGGGGCCGAGUGCUGGCGUGUGGGCACCGCUACGUGAAGGUGGUGCCGGGGGGCAUUGAGGAGCAGCGGCGGAUGGUGGGGAAGUGCUACGUCAGGGGCAAUGACCUGACCUUCGACCCCAACGAUGAGUGGCAGGCCUACAGCUACGAGGUGUGCAACCCCAACUUUGAUGUGGAGCUGGAGGGCUUGUGCAACAUGGGCAUCUCGGGGGGCAUGACCGACACGGACGUCUACAUCGGCUCAGUGGGAAGCUACGUGUGGCAAGGCAACGUUCAUGUAACGUGGCGAGACCCUGAUCCAGGAAACUCGUGGGACUCAACUGACAAAGACUUUGGGCAACUGAACAGACGAUACAGCUACAUGGGUUACUCUGUCUAUGAGGACAGGAAGCUGCUGAGUCGAGACGACUUCACGGUAGUGACGGGGUCUCCCAGAGAUGAAUCCAAGGGCUCAGUGAUGCUGGCUAAGAAGGGCAACACAGAGCUGGUGACCGAGUUCAUCAUCCCAGGAGAACAAGUGGGCUCGUACUUUGGGAACAGCCUAGCUGUCACCGACCUCGACAAUGACAACUGGAAUGACCUCAUCGUAGGUGCCCCGUUCUACUUUGACCGUCAGAAGGAGGAGGGAGGAGCGGUGUACGUCUUCAUGAAUGAGAACGGAUCUUUCCAGAAGAAACCUAGCAUGGUACUGAAGGGUCCUACGGCAUCUGGUUUUGGAUUCGCCGUGGCAGCCAUUGGCGACGUCAACCAAGAUGGAUUCCAAGACUUUGCAGUAGGAGCCCCAUUCCAUGAGACUGGGAAGGUCUACAUCUGGAUGGGAAGCAAGAAGGGAAUCUCUGAGGAGCCUAGUCAGGUGAUUGAGGGGAAGUCAGUGGGUAAUGGUGGGUUCCAGACCUUUGGCUAUUCCAUCAGUGGCGGUAUGGACAUGGAUGAGAACAGUUACCCUGACAUCCUGGUUGGUUCUCUGGAUGACCGCAUCGCUCUUCUCAGGGCUCGUCCAGUUAUCCAUCUCUCUAAGAACUUCACUGUGCUGCCAAAGAUUGUGGACCCUAAACUUUGUCCCUCUGGAAAUAAAUCCUGUGUGACUGUGACAGUGUGUUUCUCCUACACACUCAGCAAUGGAAACAAAGAUUUCAAGAAAAACAUCAUGGUGAAGUACACAGUGGAAGCUGACAUACAUCGCCGGAGCCCUCGAGUUCUCUUCCUUGUCAAUAAGCUUGCCACCUACACAGGCCUCCUUACCAUGCCAUCUCCCAAGACCGAGUGUCAGGUGCUGGAGCUCAGAGUAGAGGAUCCUGUGAGGGACAAGCUGGAGCCGGUGGUUUUCUCUCUCAACGUGUCCCUGGAUGAGCAGAAACUCAAAGUCAGGAAGGCCCUGCAGAACCUGGACUCCUACCCUGUACUGAGCCACAAACAGAAAGUCACUGAGAGGAAAGAGAUCAACUUCCAGAAGGAGUGUGGCUCAGACAACAUGUGCACCAGUAACCUGCAGCUAACAGCUACGUUUGCUAACGAGGGACUGAAGCCUUACCCCAGUCAGGGGAACCGCCAAUUGCUGCAGUACAGCAGUAAUGUGAAGAAGGUGAUGCUACUAGUGGAGGUGACUAACAUGCCAGGCCCUGGGAAGGUAGCUGAGGACGCCCACCAGGCCAUGCUCAACAUCUCCACCCCAGCCACGCUCAGUUACUAUGGCGUGCGCUCCCAAGAUCCUGACGUAGAAUGCCGUGCUGGGGAGACUGUAAUGUGUGACCUGGGGAAUCCACUGAGGAGCAAUGAGAUGGUCUCUCUGCAGCUCAUCUUUCAAACAUCAGGGAUCAACCUCCAAACCAGGGAGAUUGAGUCUCAGUUGCUGUUGUCCACGUUGAGUAAGCAGAAUGACCUGUACCCUGUGCCUGUGGUCCUGCUGAUAGAGACCUCCAUCCAGACCUCCUUCUCCAUAGAGAAUCCCCUGGUCCAGACCUACUUCAGCGGGGCGGUGACGGGAGAGUCAGCUAUGAACACCACCAGUGAUGUGGGCAGUCUUGUGGAAUACACCUUCAAGGUGUCAGUGGAGGGAGAGCCUCUGGGUGCGCUGGGGACCCUGGCCGUGGAGUUUCAGUGGCCCUUCGAGGUGACCAAUGGGAAGUGGCUUCUCUACCUGACUGAGAUCAUCACCAAGGGGACAACUGAGACACACUGUGUCCCUCCAGGGGACAUCGUCAAUCUUCUCAACCUCACGUUGUCCAAGAACAGGAGCAAACGUUCCAAGCGAGGGGUGGAGGGCGAACAGCCUCAUAUCAUCGAGCCGCAGGCGGUCAUUACCGUGCUGACUCCUCGUAAAGAGACCUACUAUCUGGAUUGUUCAAAGUCGACGGCCCGCUGUGUGACAUUCACCUGUCCCUUGAUCAAGAUGUCUACCUCUGCCAAGAUCAUUGUGAGGUCACGGGUGUGGAACAGUACUAUGCUAGAGGACUACAAAAAUGCUUUGAGGAUUGAGGUUAGAGGUCAGGCCACACUGAAACUUGUGACGGACAACCCCACCAUCAAGAUGGAAAGUGAGACCAGAGAGUUCAGAGUGGACAUUGACCCAGUUCUUGGGGUGGAGACACCUUACGAGGUUCCCCUGUGGAUCAUCAUCGUUGCCGUGGGAGCAGGGAUCCUGCUGUUAGGAAUCAUCAGCAUCAUACUAUGGAAGUGUGGCUUCUUCAGGAGGGCCAGCAGGAGGGAGAUGUACGAGGCCAAAGGCCAGAAGGCUGAGAUGAAGAGCCAGCCCUCAGAGACGGAGAGGCUGACUGAGGACUACUGAGACAGGAGAGGCCCCCACUGAGGGGCGAUGCUACACUCCACUAGGGCUCCUGGCUUGGCUUCUUCAAGCGAGCCAUCUACUACCGGAUUAUGCCAAAGUACCAUGGAGUGAAAAUCCGUAAGGAGGAGCGCUACCAGUUUAACAUGGGCUUCCAGCCGGAGGAUCCAGGCAAGAAGUACUGGAUCACCAACUGGACAGAGAUGCAACGUUACUACUACUGAAACCCUGACCUAUGACCCUGAACUCUGAACUCUUGACCCCUGCCAAAGUUCAGAAGCAUUGUGAUGGAAGGACACAAGGGUUUCUGGGAUGUCACACAACUUGGAGGGCACAGCACACAGACCAACUGUGAAUACUGACCACAUUGAUUCUGGAACGUUUCUCCCCUAUGUAUAAGUCUCUGUAGAUUUCAUCAAAAUAUUUUUUUUUCUUUUUUUGUGCAAUAUGCCAAAUAUUCUGUUUCAGAAAUUGCUAUGUUUAAAGUAUUUUGAUGAAAGCAGUGUUGUACAUUGAAAGUGUGUUUAAAAAUCCCAGUUUGGUUGUAAAUUGAUUUAUUUUCGUACCACUGCAUAUUUAAGUACUGAAAAAGAAAUACCUUUGCAUGUAUAUCUUUCUUCCAAAUGAUCUAUUUGCAAGUUCCUGAGCAAAGUUGUUUUUUGUCGUCACUGUUUCCUUUUUUAAUCAGGUGAAUGAGUCUGUAGAGAGUCUGUAAAAAUUAUUAUUGAAUGUAAAUGUACUUGUCCAUGUUCCUUUCGUAUCUCUUUGUUUUAGAAUGUCACUGAUUGUCAGUGGUUUAGCGAUGAUGUCACUACAACAGUAGUUUGGGAGAUUAUUUUGAACUGUGCAGAGCUUUAUUGAUCAUCAGGAUGACUUUGUUAUGACAGAACAACAACAGUGCCUUAAAAGAGAUGGAUUCAGUGUUGACACUUAUACAGUGCCUUCAGGAAGUAUUCAUACCCCUUGACUUAUUCCACAUUUUGUUGUGUUACAUGUAUGAAAUC